AUGAACCCCACUCCAAAGCCUCAUCAAUCGGUUCAGAGAUUGAAUAAAGCCUACGUUCAAGUCCCUGACUCUCCUGUUAGCCUCGCGAACUACCGCGCUAUUGGUACCUCACCACACCCAGUGCCAAGCAGCAGCCUCAAAGAGAACACGCCACUGUCCCCGUUCCAACUAGCCAUGUCACAACAGCAUACACUUUCAUUCACGUCUACAAAGCGCAAACUAGCGGACCGUGAUGCAUCGUCUUUUGUAUUCGACGGGGUCCAUAUUAGCAGCUCAAAGAAGUCGCGGCUGUCUACCAGUACUGCGAGUAUGGCCCCUUUGAACUCAAAGGAGUCGAAACCAGUUUUGCCAACGACGAACACGUGUCCCGAAUUUCCAAACGGAUUUGUUUAUUGCCAUCAGUGCAACAAGAAACGCGACGUCUCCGCUACUCUCCGUUGUACUGUCGUUGAAAAAUAUCAAACAACAAAGGAUAAGGCAAUCAAAGAACGACUUUGCGUCAACAAAUAUUGCAAGCAAUGCCUGAAAAAUCGAUACAAUAAAGAUAUAGAAAUUCUAAGAUCUCAGUCACAAACUCCAAGAAAGACCAUGUCAUCUCAUUUUAACAAUAUUCCGAAACCAAAGCAUAAGGAGCUUAAAACUACUUCCAAGUCGGCCAAAAAGCCCAAGGCGGACAUCGCCUCUGGCAAGUUUAAAGAUAUUCCUAAACAAAAACCGAAACUUAAACCACUCCCAACUUUGAAAUGGACCCCGGUUCCCGUGAAACUUACCCAAGACCAAGCUGAUGAACGAAUCUUCAUCAGGGAAUUUAUCCUGCGAUUUUCCGAGUCUUUAGAUCCUGUUAUUGCCAAGUCUCAUAUAGAUGAACUUGAACAUAUUGGCGGUUUUUUGCGAGCACCUGAAGAAGACGACACGGUUGGUUGGGUUAACGACAUGUGCGUUAAAGCUAUACUUGUGAGCCUUUUCGGUCUUUUAGCGAAAGACUACGACAAUGAGACUGCUAGGCUGAUAAAAGUUGCAAUCAAAGAUUUGAGGGCAUCUGGCGUCAAUUUAAAUAAACUAUGGGCGAUAUUGGCAACACUACGCGCCAAUAUUGCCGAUGCCAGUUCUGUUGAAGGGUCCGCCACAAGUGCUGCACCAUCGGAUACCGGAAUCCCACUGAACUUCCCUGAUCCCUCACCACCACCUGUUUCCGGCAUGGCUAACUCACGGUCACUUCGCAGUCUGCGUCAGUCCGGAGAUUCUGUCAACAUCGUCAAUUCAAUUCAGAUGAUACCCGUUAUUACUUCUCUUAUUCAUUUUGCCCUUGGAACUUCUCUCAUUCGGGAAGAUAUCGAACAAAGUCUGAAAGAUAGCAAAGACUUUGUCCGUGACGCCAAAGAGGCGACUAGAAUAGAGAACGAACGAUGGGAAAAAGUACGGUCUACUCUGGAGUCUUUGCCCAAAGACAAAGCGCAGAAGGAAGAGAACAGAAUGAGGCGAAGUACCCAUAAAGACCAGAUCACAAACAUAGACAACUGUCUCAAGAUUGUUUCCAAGAGCUUUGUUCCACGUUUCACCACACUCGGAACAGACGAUGAAGGUCGAGUUUAUUACACUCUUUCCCCUGGCGCCACCGAGCGUGAGGCUGCCUUUGAAUAUCUCGAAGUAGCUUCUAGCGAUAAACCAAUGAAACCAAAGAAGCGAGGCCGCGUUCUAUCAAAAGAGCACCAACGAGAACUCCGUCAGUGGUCUUGGUUUGUCGCCGUAUGGGGAAAAAGACCACUAUUAUCUCCCGCUGAAAAGGCAGUCUCGGUCAAGGAAGUAGACCAUGAUGACAGUGACAACGAAGAGGAGGAAAAUAUAGACGAAGAAAGAUGGUGGGGAUUCUAUGAACCAGAGGAGAUCAACAAAAUUGCUGAAUACAUUUCCAUCAAAUCUGGUCUUGAUGAUGAUGCCGACGCACCUGUAAACCAACCUGCGUCUCUCUUGAACUCCAAAUCUACCCAAUCGAACAAAGAGAAGACUAGUCUACCCCUUUCGCCUCGCCAAGAACAACUGAAGCGUUUGGUAUCCGAACUAAGGGAUUAUGCCUCUUUGUUGGAAUGGAGAUUGCGUGAAGAUAAAUGCACUCUUGUGAACAGGUUCUUGGGACCCGAUGGCAGCGCCAAAGGGAAAACCAAAUCAUCUACAACAGCAAUUUCCGUUGAACAAUUUUACCAUUAA